GAGAGAGAGAGAGAGAGAGAGAGAGAGGCAUUAUAAAUAAAACAACCUCCCUUGGGAAAGGUCAUUCUGUAGUACGUUUUAAAUCACUUCAGGAUGGCUUUCUCGAAGAAUUUCCUCGUCGUCAUUGCCCUCUUGUGCCUGGGUCUCAUCGGCAGAGGAGUGGAGGCACAAUGCACCUGUGUUGAAAUACUAGACGAGUGGAGUGGGAAUUACAGAGGGGACUUCUCUGCUCAGACCUCCACUGGGUUCACAGGCCUCAGAGUCGAAGUGACGUUCAACAACCCCAUUGAAAGGGUUGAGUUCUGGGACGGAACUGCAGAGAAGAUAGACGACUACCACUACGUUUUCACCGACGAUUCCUUGGUAGCCCAGCCAGGGGACACCAUAGAAUUCAUGUUCCAAGCAGUCUUUUCAGGCCCUCAGGCCGUAGUGGUCGAAGCUCGCAUGAAUGGUGAAGAUGUCUGUGGAAUCAUCUACACAACAGAGCAACCCAUGACUAAUCCCUGUGAAGCCACUGGGAUGACGCCUUACGACUAUAGUCAGGUCCUCUGCAUGUCAAUUUUGUUCUACGAAGCCCAGAGAUCGGGUCCUCUCCCAGCUGACCAGAGGGUCACUUGGCGAGGAGACUCAGCUCUGACUGAUGGCGCUGAUGUUGGCUUGGACCUUACCGGUGGCUACUACGAUGCUGGAGACCACGUCAAAUUCGGCUUUCCAAUGGCGUACACUGCAACUGUGCUGGCAUGGGGUCUGAUCGAUUUUGCAGAUGGAUACAAAAUUGCAGGUCAGACUGAAUAUGGCCUAGCAGCUGUCAAAUGGGCUACUGAUUACUUCUUAAAGGCCCACUCUGCUAAUUACGAACUGUAUGGGCAGGUGGGUAUGGGGUCCACUGACCACGCAUACUGGGGUCGGCCUGAGGAGAUGACCAUGGAGAGACCAUCAAUGAAGAUUGACACUGAUAAGCCAGGUUCUGAACUUGCAGGAGAGACUGCCGCUGCUUUGGCAGCAGCGUCCAUUGCUUUCAAGGACGUGGACAGCGCGUACGCGGAUGAAAUGUUGGCUGUAGCCAAAGAACUUUAUGACUUUGCGGACGAGAAGAGGGAGAAUUACCACAAGUCUAUCCCAGAUGCCGCUGCCUACUAUCAGUCAUGGAGUGGGUAUGGAGACGAACUGUGCUGGGCAGCCCUGUGGCUGGCGAGGGCCACGGGCGACGACACCUACCUGACGAGGGCUAGAGGUCACUGGGACGAGUUUGCCCUGAGCGAGAAAGCAGAGCAGUUUUCAUGGGAUGAUAAGAAGCCCGGAGUCUACGCACUGUUCACGCUCCUGGACGGCGACAACAUCGAAUAUUCCACCACCUUCCAAGGCUUCCUGGACCACAUCAGGAACGACAAACCAUACACACCCGGCGGACUAGUUUUCUUGGACACCUGGGGAGCCAAUCGUCACGCUGCUAAUGUAGCCUUCCUCGCCUUAUGGGCUGCCAAACACAACUUGAGCCCGGAGGUCAACACCCAAUUCGCCGAGAGCCAAAUCAACUACAUCUUAGGGGACAUAGGUCACUCCUUCGUCGUGGGUUACGGGGUCAACCCACCCGAGAGACCACAUCACAGAUCGAGCUCCUGCCCAGACGAACCUUCCUCGUGCACUGAUGGCUGGGCACAGCAGCAAGCAGGGCCCAACCCACAGAUCCUGUACGGUGCUCUUGUGGGCGGGCCUGCCCAGGAUGGAACUUACAAGGACGAUCGAAUGGAUUACGUCCACAAUGAAGUGGCCUGUGACUACAAUGCUGCUUUCUCUGGGUUGCUCGCUGCUAUGGUGGAAAUCAAGUCUGCUUAAGUAAAUAUAUGUGUAUAUAUAUAUGCAUAUUUAUGUGACUGAAGAGAGAGAGAGAGAGACAGUUGUCUCUGAAAUAUAGUACUUACUUUCUAUA